AUGGGAUUUCCCAUAUGGAUCAUCGUUGUUGUAGUCGUUGUUGUAGUCGUAUUGUUCUCUGGUAUCGGUGGUUAUAUUCUCAUAUCUCGAAAGCGACGAGGAGCAGCACCAGCUGUCGAUGUUGAAGCUCAUGUCUCUGAAAAAGCGAUUCCUGCUGCACCUAUUCUCGAAGAACACCCCAGCACUAUCAGCGAUCCACCUUCAUAUGCUGCAAAAGACACCCAUCCAUCACCACCCAUCUCCACUACAGAGCCAUGUCCUGAAGAAAAACCACCUCAACAAAAUCAGGCUAAAAGAAAAAGUUCUCGCAAACAUGAAAGCAAGAUCAGCCUACCUAUGCCACCAGCUUCUAGUUCACUGUUUUCAGACAAGAUGGAAUUGAGCUCUGAGGAAGCCAUGGAGCUCUUUGAUAGGUACAUGAAUGCCGAUUUAGAUAAAUCCAACAACAACAAUGGCGGUGGAUUUGCAGCCAACAUUCAACAAAAGGCUGCCACCAUUCGUAGUACAGUGCGUAUGUCAUUAAGACGCAAAUCAACCAGCAAAGGUGGUGGAUCCACACCUCUCAAUCAAUUGUUUGAUAAUGAUAGCAGCAACAACAAACCACCAGCAUCGCCAUCUGUUUCAUCACAUCAUACUGGUAGCACACCCUCCUUGGCUGAUCAUCCAUUACCCCCCACACCAACUACACCUUCCUCCUCAUCCAGACAACAACAUUAUCAACAACAGCAAAUUUCAGUGCCCCCUUCACCAGCACCACCAACACAAACGCAUGAUGUUGCUGAUCAAGAUGCCACCACCACAUUGCCUGCAGCUGUAGAGGAAGCUGCUAGUGCUGCUUACAAUAGCUCUGGAAAACCCAGUACCAAUAACAAUGGCAAUGCAGCAGCAGCAGCACGUCGAGUGAUACGUACAGCAUCCAGAAAAAGCAAGACACGAUCCAUGCUUGUGAAUGAAGAUGAUGUCAUGAAAAUGUUUGGCAACGACAAUGGAAACAGCUCUACGGAAGAACAGCGUGCACCAUUGCCAGCAGGUGCAGCAGGAUCGGUGCGUCGUUUGGCACGUGAAAUGAAUGAAAAAAGUGCUUCAGUAUCAGCCAUGCGUGCACGUAACAAAGGCAAUACAGCAAGUGCACGUGAUAUUGCUGAAUGGUUCCCUGACAAGGGUAGUCAUAGCAACAAUGGCACUGCUACAGUGGCAGGACGUGUACCUCAUCAUCGACCAGCACCUCCUAUUCAAAACAUGUUUUCACAAGACCAAGGAACCAUAGCAACCAAGCAACAACAGCAACAACAACAACAGCGUGGCAAUGUCGAUAAUGUACGCCAAAUGUUGCAAGCAACAUGGCAAGCCAAUAUACGUGAAAGUGGAUCCAUGGCAAGCAUUGUAUCAACGACCGAAGCUGCUGUAGCUGCAAGCAACAAUUCAAGCAUGGCACGUUAUGGUAGACAAAAUCCUUUAUUGCGUUCGGCUGGUGGUGGUGGUAAUGCAUCCCACCCUCGUCCUAUAGAUGAUCAACAAGCAUCUAGUCCACCUCCAAUGGCAUCCUUUUCUUCUUCCACUGUACGCACAGUAGUCCCUGAAGCUGAUUCUCAACAACAACAGCAAUCCUUAACCAGUGUCGCGGCCCAAGAAAAGAUUGAAAUUGAUGGCACCAAUUUUACUAUGCUUUCAGCUCAAAAUGGAUACAAGACUUGGAAUGGCCGAAGCAACCCUUCUCGUCCACCAUUGAUACAACAACAGCAGCAACCAUCACAAGAAAAGUCAACAGCGCAUCAUCAUCAAGGUCAAUCGAAUAAUAAUGGGACAUCAAGUUUCUUUAAUACGGUCAGCCUUGGAAGAAGACAUUCUAGCAAACGGCGAGUGAUGCCCUGGAUGGAUGAAAAACAACAAACAACUACUACUAGCAGGACACCAGCUCAACGUGAACGAGAUCAAUAUCUCAACUCGCAGGCAUAG